AUGCCGCCACUUCAGAACAGGCGUCACGCAUUUUUGCGCCCUUCAGAGUAUGCUUUCAAGCUCCUUUCGCUUUGCGCACGGCACCCUAACACAUUGCAGACAGUCGGCCUGGUCUCUCCUACCAAUGUCCCAUUCACCUCCAUACCCCUCGGAAAGACCACCUAUCAAGUGACCACCUCUGUUGGCCGAGCAUUGCAGACUUACGACUUGAAGAGGGGCCUUAAUCUCGUCUUCGUCACCCGCCCUCAGACCCCCGCCGACAUCACCGCCACAUGUGCCUGGAAGGAAAAGGUUUUUGCCGCCUGGGGCGAUCGAAGCCGAGGAGAAGACCAAGGGCUGUGGUCUUUCCAUCGCGGUCGAAGGUCCGAAGAACUGGAGCUUCCCGCUGAUCUCGACGAACCCAUCAAGCAGAUCUUGAUCUUUGGCUCCUGGAUGGUCGGAUGCGCGACCACGAGGCUUGAAAUCUGGAAGACCUCAACCUUGGAGCACUACACGACGCUUCACACCCUAGCCACCAAGAAGGGCGAUAACGAGAUCACCGGAGGUGUCACCAACAUGCCUACGUACCUCAACAAAAUCUUUGUAGGCCGCAAGGAUGGCUGGGUGGAGAUAUGGAACGUGAGCACUGGCAAGCUCAUCUAUACUAUCCUUCCACCCUCACCCGAUUGUGGCUCGGUCACUUGCUUGCAACCUUCUCCGGCGCUGUCUCUUCUCGCCAUUGCUUAUUCGAAGGGCCCGCUAGUCGUCCACAAUAUCCUUCCCGACAAGUCGAUCAUUCAAGUCAAUGCCGGCAACGAGUAUGAACCCGUUAAUGCAAUCUCGUUCCGCACCGACGGCAUGGGCGCAGGCCACGAUGGACGCAAAGACGGUGUCAUGGCAACCGCCACUGCUGCCACUGGAGAUGUCACCUUCUGGGAUCUGAACCACGGUGGCAGAGUCAUGGGUGUGCUGCGUAGCGCCCACAACCCUCCGGUCGAGGAAGGAGCCAAGGUCCGUGGCGGCGUGAGCAAGAUUGAAUUUUUGUCCGGCCAACCCGUCAUUGUGACGAGCGGAAUGGACAACUCGCUCAAAACCUGGAUGUUUGACGAGUCCCCCUUCUCUCCGAUCCCUCGAAUCCUUCACCAGCGAAGUGGUCAUGCGGCGCCCGUCAAGUGCCUGCAGUUCCUGCCUACUGACUUUGACGGCGCGGAAGCCGGCAACAAGUGGCUGCUCAGUGGUGGCCAGGAUCGAAGCCUGUGGGGUUGGAGUCUGCGACGCGACGGUCAGAGUACGGAACUGAGCCAAGGCAACAUUCGCAAGCAAGCUAAGAAGCACGGCAUUCUUUCAACGCGCGCCUUGGCCCAUGGCCCUACUACGAGCCUAGAGGACCUCAAGGCGCCGGAAAUUACUUGCAUUGCAAGCUCGCUCAACCGCGACGGUGGCAUUGGAGCCAUUCCCGGUAAGCAGCCUAUUUGGCAGAAGCGCAGAGACAACAAGGCACAAAGGCUCGACGCCGAGAUCAGUGGCAUGACGGGCUGGGAGAGUGUUGUUACGGCUCACGUUGACGAUUCGUUCGCCCGCACUUGGUUCUGGGGUCGAAAGAAGGCUGGCCGCUGGGCGUUCCCUACGGGCGAUGGUGCUCAUGUCUCAACGGUCGCCAUCAGCCCCUGUGGCACAUUUGCUCUGGUCGGUUCCGUCGAGGGUGGCAUUGACAUGUACAACCUUCAGUCCGGCAUCCACCGACAACGCUUUCCUGCAAAACUUACUCCCGCACAGGCGCGAGAGAUCAGGAUCCAGCAGCUCAAAGCAGGCGACGACUCGAUCCAGGUUGCCGGCGGCGGCUUUUUGCAGGGAACAGGUCGCCAUACCAAGGCUGUCACCGGCAUCAUUGUUGAUUCCAUGAACAAGCACAUUGUCUCCUGUUCCCUGGAUGGCAAGAUCAAGUUCUGGGACUUUUUGACGGGCAGGCUGCUUCAGCAAAUCGAUUGGGCACCAAUGGUCGGCAUAACCGGAGGACGUUACCACGCGGGUAAUGAUUUACUUGUGUUCGCCUGUGAUGACCUUUCCAUCCGAGUUGUGGAUCUCGAGACCAAGAAAACAAUCCGCGAGUUCUGGGGUUUCUGGGAUCUCCCCACGAGCCAUUUGAUUGACGCCAUUCGCCUCGAAAAGGCUUCACCGCCCGCAUUGUCAACAAAUUUCCGAGAAGGAGGUGGCACAACGACUUAUGCCGACGCGUCAGGCGAAGGCAGCAAAGGCCUUGUCGAGGCAGCAUUUGAUGACGAGGCCGAGCCCGAAGAAGACGAUCCUACCGUGGCACCGGCGAUCGAUCAACUCAGUUCCGACAUGAUGACCUUGAGCUUGGUGCCGAAGAGCCGCUGGCAGACAUUGCUCCACCUCGACCUCAUCAAGCAACGUAACAAACCCACUGAGGCUCCCAAGGUGCCGGAGAAGGCGCCUUUCUUCCUUCCUUCCACCAGCGGCGGCAAGCCGGUGCCUGCCCUCGAGGGUGCGGCAGACACGGCACCCGAAUCCACGUCCCGGAUCACGAAGCACGAGCUUGGACGCGUGCAGGAGAUCUUUACCAGUAGGCUGAUGGAUGGCGCCGUCUCCGGAGACUAUGUUGACUUCAUCGAACACCUGAAAUCGUUAUCUCCUUCAACGGCAGACCUCGAGCUCCGCUCCCUGUCAAUUGGUGACAUGAGCGGCAACGAAACGAACGGCUUGGUACACUUCAUCAAGGCUUUGACAAGCCGUCUCAAGUCUCGUCGGGACUAUGAGCUGACGCAGGCAUGGAUGACUGUAUUCCUGAGACUGCACUUUGACGUUGUCAUGGAGAACGAGGCAUCGCUGGCGGCGCUGCAAGAGUGGAAGGCCAUGCAGGAAAGCGAGUGCGCUCGCUUGGAUGGGCUGGUUGGAUACUGCAGUGGUGUCGUGGGUUUCCUGAGGAGUCCGAGGACAUAG